AAGGAAUGAGCAAGCUUGAGAGUGACAAGAGCUGAGGACAUUUUAGUUUUUGUGCAGACUUUGUAUAAAUGAAGAACAGGUUCAACAUAAUAAAACAGGGGAUGCAUGCAGGAGGAUAGCAAUGUCCAGAAAUGGAGCUGAGAUAAACUCAGAUACUCUUUAAAGGUGAAAGUGUGUGUUUUAGUAAGAAACUCUUACCACUGUGACAAGCAGGUUGACAGCAUGUGCACACACUCAUUUUCCAUACAUGAGACACUCUGUGCGCAGCAAACAACACUGAUGGACUGCAAUAGUGCUGUGUUUGUGUUGGGCCAAUGAUUAAAAGACUGGCAGAAACAGAAGUAAAUUAAAAAUAUCUCAGUCGGACGUUUCGGUGCAAGACUUGGAGAAACAGUUCUCUUAUAUCUCAUGAUAAAAGAGAGGAAGCCCGGAGCACAGAGUGUAAUGACCCUGCGGAGAUAUAUCAUUAAUAACUGAAAUGUAAGUAACAGAAGUCCGGAUCUUCUGUCUCCAACGUGAUCAAAACGUGAGGGCAGGGUCUCAUGAAAGACACAAUAUGUGACUUUAUCUUCUGACCUCCAUUCUUGGCUCUAUACAACAGAGAAAAGAGCACUCGUGGGGGUGAGGGACAACAUAUCGCACACAAUCAGUGAGUUAAGUGCAAAAGGACUAGAUGUCAGUAAAGAGAAGUUCUCUCUUUCUGAUUUCUACCUGAUCAGCUCAAAGGAAGUGACUUGGAGCAAAGACAGUGAAGCUGCUACCUGAACAUUUGCAUCACUUUUUACAAGCACACUCAAUGCAAUUUCUAAAGGCAGUUUCAUUCAUCUUUUCUAGAAAAGCCGCUUAUAAAUAAUAGAUUUACCAAACCAACAAAUAAUAAAUAAAUAAAUACACCUCAGCUAGAUCUUUAUGCUUUUAAAAUAUAGCUGAUAAAAGUACGUAAUUACAUAGCUCUACGUCUUUGGGAGCAUUAAUGGACGGGGUAACAUAUAGCCCAAUCGUAAUCUGAUGUUCAGAGCAGCGGUGAACUAUAUCAUGUCUUUUCCCAACAUUUCUCUCUCUCAGUCGCAUCACGUUCCGGCAGCAUGUAGUUUCUCUCUCCAUCGCAGAGCCCACCCCGGCCCGUAAGAGCCAGCCGCAUUGUCGGACACAUGGGCACUCACAUGGUCUGCAUGCGGAUGCUGAUGUAGACUUCUGCGGCUAUGAUGCUCCUUCCUGCACACCCACCCGUUCCCUCUCCAUCCCUCCAUUCACAGCAUCCACAGAGAGGGAGGACCGGGCGCUCCGCGGGACCAUCCGUAGAAUGAGGGAAUCAAAUCAGUGCCGUAUUUGAUUUCUUCACUUCUUUUCCUCGGGAUGUGUAAUCCUCGCGGAGAUCUGAUGUGACGUGAUGUCGGGCCGCUAAAAGAGAAACACCCUGUCGGUGCCAAAGGGAGUAAAUCCGCAUGGCGCAUGUUAUAUCCAAGUAAAAUGGAGGAUAGUUUUGAUUGCGACUGUGGCGAGCUAGAGCCACCUGAUCAUUGAGGCUGAGGAAUUACUUUAGAGACUUAAAGGCCAGACUCAUUUCAAUUUUUAUAGACGACCGAAUUGACAGGAAAACUAUACAGACAGAUCUAUACAUAUAUUUACAAAGGAAAAAAAGAAAGAAAGAAAGAAAAGAAUUAGCAGUGCGUUUACGCACAUUUCACAUGAAGCUGCUCAGGACCAGUCAUACACUGAAUGUAUUUGCACUGUGAGGAUGCAAUUACGUGCUUUUAUAGUUUAAGAUCGUGCCAGUGCGCUUUAAUUUGCCUCAAAGACCAUUCCAUUUGCCGUCUACAAACACUAGUUUACUUAGAGCUGUUCAUUUAAAUAUAUCCACACAUUCAGGAUUGGAGGAUGAAUUCAACUUUAAAAUUUUCUCUCCUUACUCAAAAUGGAAGGAAACUUUGACUACACAUUAAAACCUUGCAUCUGACAGUGACAGCUAGAGGGGGUGACUUGGUAGUCGUCUGUACAGGGGUCAGCGGACCUCUGAAGCAAGGGGGGGCGGGGAUUCCUCUGUUAAGUGCGAAAAUUGGGCUUGAAACGGGCCAGAGGAUUAAUAUUAGAGAUAGCAGAAGCUUGGUGUAGAAGCCCACAAAAACAAAAGGUCAUGGCAGAGAAGUUUGAGUCACUGAUGAACAUCCACGGCUUUGACCUGGGUUCUCGCUACAUGGACUUGAAGCCUCUGGGCUACGGUGGGAAUGGCCUCGUGUUCUCAGCAGUUGACACUGACUGUGACAAGCGUGUAGCCGUGAAGAAAAUUAUCUUGACUGACCCCCAGAGCGUCAAGCACGCCCUCCGGGAAAUCAAGAUUAUCAGACGCCUCGACCAUGACAACAUUGUCAAGGUGUUUGAGACGUUGGGCCCCAGCGGUUGCAGGCUAACAGAGGAUGUGGUGUCUCUUACGGAGGUCAACUCCGUCUACAUUGUGCAAGAGUACAUGGAGACUGAUUUGUGUCAGCUACUGGAGAGGGGCCUUCUCUCAGAGGAUCACGCCCGGCUCUUCAUGUACCAGCUCCUCAGGGGCCUUAAAUACAUCCACUCUGCCAAUGUGCUGCACCGUGACCUCAAGCCUGCCAACCUGUUUGUCAACACGGAGGACCUGGUACUUAAAAUCGGGGACUUUGGAUUGGCACGCAUUAUGGACCCUCACUACUCUCACAAGGGCCAUCUCUCUGAAGGUCUUGUCACAAAGUGGUACAGAUCUCCUCGCCUGCUGCUCUCUCCUAACAACUACACCAAAGCCAUCGACAUGUGGGCUGCUGGCUGCAUCUUUGCUGAGAUGCUCACAGGGAAAACCCUGUUUGCAGGAGCUCACGAACUGGAACAGAUGCAGCUGAUCCUGGAGUCAAUCCCUGUACUACGAGACGAAGACCGCCAGGAGCUCCAUAGCGUAAUUCCCGUCUUUAUCCGCAAUGACAUGACCAAGCCUCACACACCAUUGGCCAAACUGCUGCCUGAUGUCAGUCCGCAGGCCCUUGAUUUCCUGGAGAAGAUCCUGACCUUUAACCCCAUGGAUCGUCUGACUGCGGAAGAGGCCCUGGCACACCCCUAUAUGGCUGACUACUCCUUCCCCCUGGAUGAGCCUGUGUCUCUGCACCCCUUUCACAUUGAGGAUGAGGUAGAUGAUAUCCUGCUCAUGGACCAGAGCCACAGCCACACUUGUGACAGGUAUCAUGAGAGCCAGUUCUCAGAAGCUGACUGGCACUUGCACAGCACCCAUGACCCAGACGAAGUUCAGGUUGACCCAAGGGCACUCUCCGAUGUAACAGACGAAGAGGUCGUCCAGGUGGAUCCUCGUAAAUAUGCUGAUGGAGAUCGAGAGAAGUUCCUGGACGAGCCGUCCUUCGACUACUCAACCCCAUUCCCACUAGAGAGAUCUUGGCAGGAUGACCACCACGAGAACAAAUACUGUGACUUGCAGUGUAGCCACACCUGUAACUACAAGGCUGUGUCGCCCUCCUACCUGGACAACCUCAUCUGGAGAGACAGUGAAGUCAACCACUACUACGAACCCAAGCUUAUCAUCGACCUCUCCAACUGGAAGGAGCAGCAGAGCAAGGAGAAGGCAGACCGCAAGUCCAAGAGCAAAUGCGAGAAGAACGGGCUGGUAAAGGCUCAGAUCGCAUUAAAGGAGGCAGAGAAGAGCCCUGUAGAGAAGGACAAAGUGCAAGAGAAACACCAGACGGAAAAGCCUCAGAGCCAGCAGAACCAAGGCUUUGACUUUGACUCCUUCAUUGCCAGCACCAUCAAGCUGAGCCUGCAGCCGGAGCCCUGUCAGGAGGUGACCCUGCUCAACGAUGUGGGGCUCCUGAAUGAGGUGGGCCUCCUGAACGAGCUCAACUUUUCUGUCUCCCAGCUCGAGGCUCCUCGCUCAACCUCUAUGUCCAAGUCCAUAAGUCAGGAGAAGGAGGAGAAGUGCCUGGUAAAUCUCGCCCAGCUAGGUGGCGGAGGGCUGGGAGUGGUCGGCGGGGACUGCGUCUGGCCUGCUCGCCCCUGGGAGAGCUCUGGGGACACGGUCGGAGAGAAUGGCAUUUUGAUAGACGAAGCGUGCUGGGACAUUGGCAAAGAGGACCACCUCCAGAAGGAAAGCCCUUACACCAGCUACCUGGACCACCUGUUCAGCAGGAGGGAAGAAGCCGUCUCCGAGACUGCCAGCCCGCAGAUUGGGUCCCCGGUGGUGAGAGAGCUAGACGAGAGCUUCCUUGACAGAAGCACGGAGAUUGUGCUCAAUAUGCAGCUGGACUCUCUGGCCCUUCCUGGCUUUGACAGCACUGAUGAACUGCCUCUAAAAUCCAUCCAGGCGUCCCUCACCCCCUGCGCUGUCAAAUGCUCCCCACAAAUUGCCCACAAAACGUACAGCAGCAUCUUCAAACAUCUUAAUUAAGGAAAUGUAUAUCUUCCUCACAGUGCAAAAUCUAGGCAGUUUUGUUUUUAUGUUGCUUUUUUUUAAAAAUAAUAUGGUAUACUGUACUUGAAUCAUUUCAUACCUUUUUUUUGUUAUUAUUAUGUUUGUUUGUUUGUUUGUUUGUUUUUUUAAAGAGUCGAAAAGGGUGAUUUUAUUUAAAGAGUUUUGAUCAUCACUCUGAGCCUUGAUCACCAGGCCUUCAUGGGUUAAUGUCUACACCCUCAUUGCUAUACUGGCAUGUCAGUCGCACAUUUAAGUACUGUAGAUGAAAGGGGAGCGGGAAAGAAGUAUCUAGAGGAGGGAGGAUGAGGUAGAGAGGAUUUAAGAGAUGAAGUUUGGCCGUUUUGGGUGUGACAUAAAGAAGGAAGGUAGACGCUAACAUUGCUGUGGGGUUUUAAAGUGCUCUCAAACAGCCUUUCCUGGGGUGGGGUGUCUUGUUCGUCAUGUUUUUUUUGUUUAUCCUUCUUUUUUAAAAUAUCCUUUGACCUUCUGACAUUUUUUUUUCCCUGAAGAAAGCUUCCUUGAAAACCCUUUCAUACUGUAAAUCUGACACAUGAUGCCAGCAGCAACCAUUAUCGUAGGCGUUAAUGUAAAUGUGUUAUCUACCUCAAGGUAACAGCCGCGAGAGACACUCGAAGCCGCACUAGUGCUUUACACACAUGACCAUCCUCAUACCAUGAAAUGAAGUGGUCGCGUAGAUGAAAUCUGUCUCACUUUAGCAAUUAACAUAGUGAGGUGUUUCAGUAAUCAUUUAUUUAUUUCUAGCAAAAUGUGCGCUAUUUAUUUUAUCAAAAUGUGUUAUUUCAAUGUGAUUAUUGAAGAUUUGAGGAGUUGGGCAGACUUCCAUUUUCAUUUUUGGCACUAUACGGGCGUGCAAGUGUUCUUUUGUUUUAAGGUAGGAUGCAUAUUCAUGUGUUAUGUUGAAGUCGAGGCUUUCCAUUUUCCAUCAAUACUGUUCUAAUGGAUAUCUUUUUUUUUUCUUUUUUUAAAAAAUGGGUGCGUUUUGUCUUUAGUGGAGAAAAAAAUUAUUUUAUGGUUUAAAGAAGCGCCUAAAAGUCUUAAUUUUUUUUUUAUCCAAAUGUAAAAAAAUAAAAUAAAAUUAAAGUUGCGUGCAUGGAGGCAGGAGAAAGGUACAUUUAAAAGUACAGUUAAUGGUGAGUAUAAUGUACGUCAGUUUUAAUUGUACUUUUUUGUUUUUUGUUUGUUAAAUUUCUAUGUACUUUUUCCAGGCAAGCAUGAUGAAAUUAGGUUAAGGUGUAGCAUGUAGAACACUUACGGACUUUUUUUGUAAUCAUUGGUUCCCCUGUUCUACAAAAUAUCUCAAUAAAAAUUAUUGGCAGAGA